GCGGGACGUAUUCACAACCACCUCUCUGCCGCGUCUCACUUCAAGCCGUGUGCAUUACACCUUGUUCCUUUCUCAACGCCGGUUAUCACCGCUUUUUAUUCUUUCCCGAUAUUGUCUUUCGUAUCCACACACACACACACACAUACACACACACACACAGCUUUCGCGUUCAACGAUCGAUCCAAUCGGAGAAGGAGAUAAUAUUCGUCUGUCCGUUCCGUUUGCGAUCAUCGAGCCAUCGCGAUCUGUGUCCGUCGCGAAAACGUCGUUAAACGAGUCCCGUGUACCGAGCGUCGAGCUGUGCGAGUCGUGCCGGGAUGUUAUCGCAUAAUGAGACUGUCGUUAACGGUCCAUUGGCUUUCAUCGGCGAAGAUACUGGGUAUGUUCCGUCGAUGCGAGAAAGAUUCCUGGGAUGGAACGUACCGCCGGAGCAUUCGGAUCUCGUGCAUCCCCACUGGAGAGGGUUCAUAGCACCGGGAAAAUAUUGGCACAUUGGAUUCGCGCUCAUGUAUUCGAUGCUGCUCGUAAUGUCUCUCGUAGGAAAUUGUUGCGUCAUAUGGAUAUUUAGCACAUCGAAACCUCUGAGGACAGCUUCCAACAUGUUUAUAGUCAGCCUGGCGAUAUUCGACAUAAUAAUGUCCUUCGAAAUGCCGAUGUUCGUGAUAAGCAGUUUUAUGGAACGUAUGAUCGGCUGGGAAAUCGGAUGCGACGUUUACGCAGUCUUCGGUUCCAUCUCUGGCAUGGGACAAUCCAUUACGAACGCUGCCAUUGCCUUUGAUCGAUACAGAACCAUUUCCUGCCCGAUCGAUGGACGGCUCAACUCGAAACAAGCCGCGAUAAUCAUCGCUUUCACGUGGUUCUGGGUGACACCGUUCACUGUUUUACCGCUACUAAAAAUCUGGGGUCGAUUCACUACCGAGGGAUUGCUCACCACUUGUUCGUUCGAUUUCCUCACGGAGGAUCAAGACACCAAGGUCUUCGUCAUGAGUAUCUUCACCUGGUCUUACGUCAUCCCUCUAACCUUUAUCGUAUACUUCUACUCUCAGUUGCUCCAAUCUAUUCGCAAUCACGAGAGAAUGUUACGAGAACAGGCAAAGAAGAUGAACGUAAAGUCGUUAGUCUCGAAUCAGGACAAGGAAAGGAGCGUGGAACUGAGAAUCGCCAAAGUGGCAUUUACGAUAUUUUUCCUCUUCCUUUUAGCUUGGACACCGUAUGCAACCGUGGCUAUGAUAGGAGCAUUUGGCAAUCGCGAGCUUUUAACGCCUAUAUCUACGAUGUUACCCUCCUUGUUUGCCAAAACGGUAUCUUGUAUCGACCCGUGGAUUUAUGCGAUCAAUCAUCCGAGAUACCGACAAGAAUUGCAAAAGCGUUGCAAAUGGAUGGGCGUUCACGAGCCGGAAACAACUCACGACUCCGCGUCUGUCCAGACCGAGAAGAUUAAAUCGGACGAUGCAUAAAUCGAGGGUCUCGAACUGUCUACAUUGACGCGCUUAUGGGGCACGAUCGGUUUUCCAGUACAAGAUCGAGACACGCUAAAAAGAAAACCACCACUAGUGUGAUCUCGAUCUCCGUACAAAUACGUAGAAUCUCAGAUUCCACGUAAUUACGAGAAAUUGUAAAAUUGUAAGAUAUUAUACGAUCGUAGCGAUACGUACACCGAUAUCAACAAUCUUACCACUAUUGUUAAAGCAUUAUUAAAGUAAA